CAAAACACAGGAAGCUUUCGGUCUGUGUGUCUGUGUGUCUGUCUGUCUGUGGGGGUCGCAGCUGUCUGUCGCUCCGCGGUAUCAUGGCUCCGUCUAUAACAUGGACACAGUGCUGAGCCUGGUGUUCAGGUUGACGUCCUGAGGAAGAUGGAGGAGAAAGCGCUGGAAGUUUACGACGUGAUCCGAUCGAUCCGGGACCCGGAGAAGCCGAACACCCUGGAGGAGCUGGACGUGGUGACGGAGAAAUGUGUGGAGGUCCAAGAGCUCGGAGAGGACGAGUACCUGAUCAUCAUCAAGUUCUCCCCGACCGUCCCUCACUGCUCACUGGCUACUCUGAUCGGUGAGUCUGGGGACAACACAGAUACUGAUCAGAAUACACUGUAUCUUUAUGGAUUAUUGAUCAUGAUCAGUGUAAUCUUUCAGCAGCAGAGUCGGCGUGUUCGGUUGUUAGAUUACAGAGAAAUUUACAUUUCAGAGGGAACCCAUUCCACGGAGGAGGAUAUUAACAAGCAGAUCAACGAUAAGGAGCGAGUGGCGGCCGCCAUGGAGAACCCAAACCUGAGGGAGAUCGUGGAGCAGUGCGUCACUGAACCCGACGACUGACGCAGGAAGCUCCGCCUACCCGAAGCGACCGCCGUGCAGCCGCAGUGUGUAUGUGUGUGACAGUGUGUGUGUGUGUGUGUGUGUGAGUGAGAGUGUGCGUCUCUACAGUGCCUCAGGGUAUUAUUCAGAGGGUCUGUCUGAAGGCAGAGGCUUGUGUCGGCUCGGGGGAGUUCCCGGGUGUUUGGAGGAUUUUCUGGAGAGCCUCCAGUGAGGAGCUUGGAUGCUGGGAGGUGAAUAAGAACCAGGAUGGACGCUGGAAUAAAGCCACAGACGUGUGUGUGUUGACUUUGUGAUGGUUCCCUGCUGGAGGCAGGCGAGGAAGACGAGGGCCAGCGUUUUCAUCCUCUCCUGUGUGGACUGUUUUUAAAAGUCUGUCCUUUUGUUAAUGCACUCAUCCUUCGAAUCGCUCAGAUUAUAUGUGAAAAUAUGAAUAUUUUACACGUGAUUGUUUUAAAAAGAAACAGAUAUUAAAACCUACAGAACCAGAA